CCCCGAUUCAUCCAAGCACCUCCCUCUCUCACCAACUACCAUCUCUGAGAAGGUCGCCGUACUACAUGUCCAUGGUCGAGGGCAAGAUCAGCUCCUGCUGCCUCACGGGCUUCGAGUGGGACGGCACCCCGACGGGCCGGACCGAGAAGCUGGGCGGCAGCGACGUCUACGUCGCGGGCGCCAACGCCGAGGCCGGGGUGCUGCUGGUGCACGACCUCUUCGGCUGGACCUUUGGGAACCUGAGCCUGCUGGCCGACCAGGUGGCGCGCGAGGCCGACGUGACCGUCUACAUACCGGACCUGUUCGGCGGCGAGGCGCUGCCGCCGGACCUCGCCGCCGCCGGCCGCUUCCGGGACCUCGACCUGCCGGGCUUCAUGGCCCGCAACGGCAGGGCGAGCCGCGAGCCCGAGCUGUUCGCCUGCGCGCGCGCCAUCAGGGCCGAGAGGGGCCACUCGCGCGUCGGCAUGUUUCGCGCCCCCUUUUUUCUAACCUGCGGCGCCCGCGGCCGCCGCGAUAUAGCUGGGCUGGCCUCCGCCUCGGGAGCAGAGGAGCACAGGGCCGCGCCGCUGGUCGACUGCAUCUCGAUCGGGCACCCGAGCCUGGCGACGGAGAGGGACUUUGACGAGGUCGCGGUGCCGGUGCAGAUCCUCGCCCACCCCGAGCGCGACCCCGCCUUCACGCCCGAGCUGAAGCUCCACGCCUUCCGGGCCAUGAUCAAGAAAGGGGGUCCGGACGAGCCGGGCGAGCGCGAGGCCAUGGUGGCUGGCAAGGACGCCGUCGUGGCCUGGCUGGUGGCUCACCUGCACAAGGCGGAUGCGUAA